AUGCUUUCCUACGACUCCCCGAUGCCUGUCAGUGGACAAACCCCCAAGUCUCCUUCGGGACUUACCAACGGCGUACAACAAGCCGUUGCCUCCAAGACCCAGCCUAGAGUUCCUGGGGUUCCGACUACGGCAAACAAUGGCGCACACGUAAACGGAUCUCUCGACACCAAGUAUCACCACAUCUGGCUAGUUACUGGUCCCGCUGGCUGUGGCAAGACGACUGUCGCCGAGUACCUCGCUCAAGCUCUGAAGCUGCCCUACAUUGAGGGUGACAGUUUCCACCCUCAAGCAAAUAUCGAAAAGAUGGCCAAUGGCAUUCCUCUUACCGACGCCGACCGUUGGGACUGGCUUGUUGCCCUGCGCGAAGAGUCCCGCCACCAGCUGGCUGCGGGCUCCGACGGAGUCGUUCUCACUUGCUCGGCUCUGAAGCGCAAGUACAGAGACGUGAUCCGCGUUGCUGGAUACUACGAUCGCUCGAUCCUCAUUCACUUCAUCUACCUGUCGGCCUCCGAAAGCGUUCUGGUCCAGCGUGUGACGGCUCGCAGCGCUGCCACCAACCACUACAUGGGCGCCAACAUGGUCCGCAGCCAGUUCCAGUCUCUCGAGGCCCCCAUGGCCGAUGAGACCGAUGUCAUCAGCCUCGACGUCAGCCGCUCCCUUGAGGAAGUCAAGCGCGACGCCUUGGCCAACGUCAAGGCCGCAAUGGAAGAGGAGGCAUGA